AAUCACCUUUAAACAAAUAAUAAAGUGCAGGUAUUAUAAUUUUAUUAGUUUGAAAUUACAUUAAGAGCAAAAAUGUUUAAAAUAUUUAGCCAGUGCUAUAUAUCUAUUUUAAUUCUCAUUGUAUUAAUCAAAAUGAACCUGGUUGUAUCUCGUGUUUCAUUAUACGGAUGUGAUGACAAACAUAAGGAAACGGUAGCCGAGGACAUGGUGUUGACAGACGUGUAUCGUCCCGACCCCUCAGACCCCACUAAAUAUAAGUCAGUUUGCGAGGGAAAUAAGUGCGAUAUAUUGAAAGAUAGCAUGCUCAUUUUGGACAUUCAAUUCACGUCAAGCGGGGAUAGUGACCAUGCUGAUUUGACAUUCACUGUGGAACAGGUGAUUGAAAAGAAGUCGAUAAACCAGACAAUACCCGAUCUCAACCCAAAUAUACUCGAUAAACACAACCUAAAUGGCUAUAUCCUACAACCUGGUACUUUGAAGAAUGGUUCAAACUACUCGCUUAGAUAUAAAAUACCCUUGAUACCCGUGCUUGUUAAAUCAGCAAAAAUGAAUAUGACCAUGAACAUUCGUGGCAACAAAGACGACCUAGCUUGUGGUGUAAUGCACGGCUCAUUCGUGGAUUAA